AUGGCCUCAUCUCAAAAACAACUCUCAAUGUUGUUCCUCGCUUAUGUCCUCCUCCUGCUUACGCAGGAAAUGCCUUUUCUUGCUUCAUCUCGAAGCUCUUCUCCAGAGGCCCUUGCUAGUGCUACUAACCAAACGAGAUAUGAGGAAGUGGAGGCACUCCUAACAUGGAAGUCUAAGCUAGACAGCGGGAGCCGCUUUACUUUGUCUUCGUGGAAUGGAACCAACCCUUGUUCAUGGCGCGGAAUCAAUUGUGAUUCUCUCGGAAGCGUCGCAAGCUUGAACCUUUCAAAUUCUAUCAUACAUGGUAUGCUUCAUUAUCUCAAUUUCUCCCAAUUGCCCAACUUGAUCGCUCUUACACUUGCCAACAACUCAUUCUUUGGGAAAACCCCUUUGAGCAUGGCUAAUCUUGCCAAGCUUACUUAUUUGGACUUGUCUCGAAAUAUCCUUUCCGGAAAUAUUCCGACUCAACUUUGGCCAUUGCGAUCUUUACGAGAUCUCAAUCUUUUGAAUAAUGAUUUGGCCGGUCCAAUUCCUAAUGAGAUAUUUAGCUUGAGUAACUUAACCUAUCUAUAUCUUUCGGAUAAUAAGCUUGCUGGUUUCAUUCCUAAAGAAAUAGGAAGGCUCAAGUCUCUCGCUUAUCUCCACAUAGCAAACAACAGAAUCACCAGUCCAAUUCCUUCUUCCAUUGGAAACAUGAGCAACAUGGAAGAGAUAUGGUUUUUCAAUAAUCAAUUGGCUGGGUACAUUCCCAAGGAAAUAGGAAUGUUGGAGUCUCUUAUUCAACUUGAUUUAUCAGCCAAUUAUGUCAAUGGAUCCAUCCCUACAACUUUGGGGAAUCUUAGUAAAAUGAAAUAUCUUUACCUCUACGACAAUCAACUUUCAGGCCCUAUACCUUCAGAAGUUGGAGGAAUGAGAUUCCUCAUACAUUUCGAACUGCUAGUUAAUGAUUUAACAGGUCCUAUCCCAUCAAUGAUAGGGAAUUUGAGCAAUCUGAAUAUCCUUAACCUUUACCAAAAUAAGUUGUCUGGUCCUAUUCCUAAAGAACUAGGAAUGCUCAGAUCUCUCUCAUAUCUUUACCACCUUGACAAUCAACUUUCAGGCCCCAUACCUUCAGAAGUUGGAGGAAUGAGAUUCCUCAUACAUUUUGAACUACAAACUAAUGAUUUAACAGGUCCUAUCCCAUCAACGAUAGGGAAUUUGAGCAAUCUGAAUAUCCUUGACCUUUACCAAAAUAAGUUGUCUGGUCCUAUUCCUAAAGAACUAGGAAUGCUCGAAUCUCUCUCAUAUCUUGUGCUUAGGGUUAACAGUCUCUCUGGCUCGAUUCCAUCCAUUAUAGGUAACUUAAGCAAGCUCAUAAGCUUGCAGCUGAGCGAUAACAAGUUCGUCGGCCAAUUGCCACAAGACAUUUGCAGUGGUCAAGUUCUUGAAAAAAUUUCCACUGAUAACAAUCACUUCACUGGUCCAAUUCCGUGA